AUGGCUUGCCCACAGAAUCUGAGGCCGGAGCGCUACGCUGCGAAUCCACGGGCAGAUGCUGAAGAAGUGGCCCAAGUUCAAAAGCUGCUUCUGGACCAGGCCAUCGAGUUGGCGCUGCUUGGGGGCCAGCAGUGGCAGUAUGCCGAAAGGAAGGCCAUGGUGGCCCUGAAGGACUCCACUGACAAGGAUGCGCUGCUGAAGUUGCUGAAGGACCUCUCAGACAAGAACUACGUGCCUCUGGCGAGGGAAGCCGCAGUACUGGUACUGCGAGAGGAGCCGGAGAGGCAGGAGCUCUCGGAGAGCCUCUCCUCGGUUCUGUCGAAACACCGCUGCUGCCAGGCGAGAGAUUUGCUUGACAUGGAGUACAAGAAGUAUGGCUUCCUUCUCCGAGCUUUGCCUCCUGUGCGGCUGAAGUUCCCAGAAGAGGUGGAGGAAGAAGCGCCCGAUGCUCCUGCAGCAGAGGAGGCAACCUUGGUGCCACCAGAAGCGGAGGAAGCAGCCCCAGAGGUGCCGGCCGUCAAGCUCGAAGAGGUCUUGGACAGCGAAUUCCUGUCGCAGUUGGAGCUGAGCCGCGCUGCGGCCGCAAUGCAAAACCUGGCAGCUAUCCAGCGCAAGCGUCACGACAUUUCGAGAUUCAAGUUUUUCGAUCUCAAGCAGGUGGCAGUUCCGCUAUUGUCACCGGAUGGCGCUACGCUGGGCGUCUAUGAGGAAAUCGAGGAGCCUCCGCCAGCAGAUGAAGAAGAGACGGCAGCUGCAGAGGAAGUGGAGCUGACAGAUUGGCAGAAGGAUGAAGCCACGGAAAAGGAGGCGCAGGCUCAAGCGUUCUCGCUUCUUGAGGAGCUUUUGAGAGUGUUGGCACGGGCAGCCGGGUACGCUGCAGCCCGGGAAGCUGACCAGCUGUUGCUGGCCUCUCUGGCUACUGCGCUGAACGCACUACUUCUCGUCGCUCCAGCUCCCGAAGUUUGCGUUCCGAAGGGGCCGAAGUCCAACCCAAUGGACAUCGACCCAGAUCGUCAUGUAGGCGCCGAGGAUGAUGCACCGGAAGAAGCGAAGGAGCCGGAGCAAGCGGAGGAGCCGGUGACAGACGUGUGGCUAAGCCUUGCCGUUAUGGCAGAACUUGCAGUCAAUGCCAUGCUUCGACUCAAGCUCAAGUGGGCAGCAGCAGAUCCUAUGAAAGCUGGCCACGAUUCUGCUGCGGCAGCUCGCAGACUUGAGGCAAUGGAUGAGGAAGAGCGGUCGGCUGCAGUCGCGCAGAUUGCCGUCAAGGAAUUGGAGGCAGUAGAUGAGGAGCUACAUGAUGUUUGGUUCGAGAAGGUUCCAGAGCUGGAUGUGGUAAGUGUGGCCAAGCUCGUCGCAUUUUCCGUGCUGUGCCUCUACCACAUGAGGCGCUGGAGCAACAUCAUCGUACUGUGUCGCGGCUUCAAUGACGCAACGUGCUCCGUGUAUGCGACGACAUUCCUGCCUCUGAUGAUCGGGGCUCAGAAGGAGAUCUGCAACUUGUCGAAUCGCGCUCUUGCCAACACCCAGCGCUACCUGGCUGAGUCGAAGUCCACGUUUGAGCUGCUGCGUCAGCUGGCUCUUCAGGGGGAGCUGAGCGAGCCCGAGCAGCUCUACAGGAAGAGGCCCGCCACUGCUUGGUCUCUGACGCAUCAGGCCUACCGCAUGGACCCCUGCCGCGAUGGCAUGCCACGGAUUGAGGCGAAGGUGGUGGAAGAUCCGCGACGGAUUGAGGCGAAGGUGGUGGAAGAUCCACAUGCGCAACCAAAGCUGGAGGGUUGGACGCGUUUCGUCUGCUUCAGCGAUACGCAUGGGAAGCAUGGAAACAUUCCUCCGCAACAUUGUCCCGAAGCAGAUGUCCUGCUCCAUGCAGGGGACUUCACAAUGAAGGGCGAGGUGAGCCAGGUGGAAAGCUUCUCCGAGUGGCUGAAAGAGUACCCUGCUCGGGAGAAGAUCGUUAUAGCUGGGAAUCACGACCUCACCUUCGAGCCAGAGUUUAUGCGAAAACAUGGUCGAGACACUGCCAACUGCGAGAAGGCCAGAAGUGCGCUGGCAGGCGGUUGUACCUACCUGGAAGACAAUGCGGUGGAAGUCUUUGGGUACAAGAUUUAUGGGUCGCCGUGGCAGCCUGAAUUUUGCGAUUGGGCUUUCAACCUACCGAGAGGGGAGCCCCUCGCCCAGGUUUGGUCCAAGAUUCCGGACGACACCGACAUUUUGAUGACUCAUGGUCCAGCUCAAGGCAUCCUGGACCUCUGUUUUAACGGGCUGCGCGCUGGCUGUGAUGACUUGCUGGCAGCAGUGCGGAAGCGUCGGGUUCCUGUGGUGGUCUGUGGCCACAUCCAUGAGGCCUAUGGCUGGGUCGAAGAUGGCAGCACGCUGUUUGUAAAUGCUUCCACCUGCACGCUCCGCUAUAGGCCAGAUCAUCCACCAAUUGUCUUUGACAUGCCGCCGUUGGCGGACCUCCCUGUUCGAAAAGCGGAGCCAGACGCACUCAAGGCGGCAAAGGACUCCCACAAUUUGGCCUCUCGUGCAGUUCCGGCAGCGAUGGAGCAGCUUCGAAAGAGUCGCCUCCUCCUAGCGGAGUUCCUUCAAGAUCGUGAAGCGUUCAGCGUGGCAGUUCAGCGUGGGCAGCUGGUCGACACAGACAAAGAGAUGAAAGAAAGGUCUCUGAGGCUCGCAUCGUCUGCUCUGGUAUCCUCCUAUCGCAAGGCGGUGGAACUCUUGCGGAAGCGGCAGAUGUCAGACCAGGUUGUUCAGGCCUUGCAUGAACUUGGCAACUUGCUCUGGCUUGAGGGCGAUGCAGGUGGGGCUCGUGAUGCCUGGAGUGAUGCAGUGGACACGGUUUUCCAGUUCCCCUUUGCCAUCAGAAACUGGAGCAAGUGCGUCGAAGCCAGCCUCAGCCCACCGCAGGAUCCUGCCCGAGUGGAGAUCCUGCUGCUCACGGUGGUGAUUCUGUCGAAGCAUGCCCGGCUCACAAAGCCCAAGGAUGUGAUGGCCCAUCUGAACGCUGCACUUUUCGCCUCCAACAUUGUCGAGGCCAUUCUUACCACGGCGCUGCCAAAUCCGCCGCGACGAGAUCAGUUUGCGCUUGGCAGGCACAGGCUGCGAGAGAUUUUCUUCGGCCUGCGUGAGACGAGGAUGAUUCUGCCGCCCAGCAGUGUUCAUGGCGGUGUGGACGGUGCAAACUUCCUUGGUGCUUUGAGCUUCUUCCAGAACACACUCCUGGUCACGGAAUACCAGCCAGCCCGCUGCCUUCCCGUCUGCAUGCUCUACGACUACGUUGCCACUGACGUGUGUAGGAAUCUGACGCUUGCCAUCAAGGGAAGGCUGAUGGCGGCGCACUCGCUGAUCCGCUGCCGCUCGCUCACAGAGGCCUGGCUGGCUCUCUAUGCGGUGUCACGCGGCUACGACAAGCCCCGGGGUCUCAUGGCCACAGAGGCCUUGGAUGUCGCUGUGACUGAAGCCCUGGAGAUCACAGCUGCACAGCCGUUCCGCUGCUCCGAGGAGCCUGCAUCUGCCGCCAACGUCCAGGCUGUCAACCAACUGAUGGAGCUGACCCUGACUGGAGCAGGAGCAGGAGCAGUUGACGCUGAGGCUGCGCCAGUGACUGGAACCGCUGCUUACAAUCUGCGCUUCUUCAAGUACCUCAAGGCAGAGUUCCUCAUUGCAGUCUGCUCUUACCAGCGAGUUUUCCCGAAGCUCAAUGAGCCACAGGAGAAGGACCGCCUGGCCUUGCUUGACAAAGCAGAUGCAUUGCUGGUGGAGAUCUGGAAGGAAGUCACUGGAAACGAUGAUGAUAGAGAAGCCUGGUCGACUGCGAGCCGUGCCUCUCGGGAGUCUGGUGCGGAGGAGCCAGCCUUCCAAGAUCCCGUGAGGACCCUGACAGAGGAGGAAGGAGAGCUGUGUGCAGAAGUCCGGCUCAUGCGAGCCAAGGUGCAGGAAGGCAAGGGCGACCUUGGAAAGGCCAUCCAGGAGGUGCUGUACGGCAUGGAGUUCCUCCGGCGCCUUGCCGUCACCGGGACAAAGUCCAGCCAGGACUGCAACCUCGGAGCUGCAAGCUCAAGCCGACUGAGAGUGCAUCCUGGUUCCAAGUGUUGGAUGCGCCUGCGCUGCUACAUGGUCAAUCUCUUGGUCAGUCAGGGCCGCCUCCAGGCUGCAGCAGCUCACAUCCAACAGGGCCUUGAGGAGACCAAGGCAACGCAGCACGAUGCGGCCAGGGUGGAGUUGCUGAUGUCCAAGGUAAAGAUGGAGGUGCUAUCGGGUCGUCUGCUGGAGCUUCAGGGAGAAAGACACUUGGGAGCCAUCCCAGCAGCUGAGUGCUGUCUGGCAGUCGCCGCAAGGAACUUGCCCUUGCCAACUUCCAGCGCGGUCUAUGCGCGGAUGAUGUUGGUCAAUAUGCUGCAGCAGAAUCCGGCCUUGGUUCAGCUGAAGCGCACGGAGGAAACCGCUGAAGCACUGGAAGCCACUGGAGGAGCAGAAGAGGAGGAGUUGGAUCCGAGCGAGAUGUUGCUUCUUGAAGCUGCUGGGUCCAUCAUCAUCUCGCCGAUCGCAAAAGAAUUGCAGAAAGCCGUCAACAAAAAGGGCACGAAGAAGAUGACCUUUCACGAGCACCAGAAGAUGUUUGCAGACAUGGUUGCAGAAUGUCUUGACGACGUGGAGAAGCUGAUGGAGGUUCAAGGGGUGCAGAGAGCGCAUCUACACCCGCGAAACCUCAACAGCUAUUGCGACUUUGGCCCCGACAGUUCCGGCGAGGAGGCCUUCAAGCCACCACCUGAUCCGCCAUUGCUGCCGGAAAUCAAGCCUCGCUUCCGUGAGCUGUCGCAUAAUGACUCCAGAGAGCUGCCCAACGUCUACCUGCAGCUGAUGCCACUUAGGCUGCAUUGUCAGCUGGCACUGGCCGACCUCCAGUUGGAGCUGGGAGAGAUGCAGGAGGCAGCUUCAUCCCGCUGGUGGCGGAAGCUGACGUACCGAUUGGGUUUGGCCACGACAUCCGCACCACUGGAUGCGCCGAAUGCCAUCCUGUAUCGCGACCCCAAGACCUUCGCGACAGGUAUUUGUCCGGCAACCGACUCACCUCUUUACCGGACGUUCAUGGAGCGGAUGAAGUCUCCCCAGACAGUGGUCCUGUCAGAAUGGGUGCCUCCAUACGAGAGACAGCCAGAGGAGGGCCUCCAGCUGUACAUGAAGGAGUUCAUGGGCGUGGCCAGGUUGGUGCUGAAGGAAGGUGGCAACGAUCUUCAGCAGCUGCUGGAAUUCUUAGAUGAGGGCCUGGAGGAGGUCCUUCGAGUAGAGGCCAGCAUGUAA